AUGGCGGAUGUGGUGUUGUUCAGAUCUCUGAUGGGGGCGAAGGAGAGCCAGGCUCACCGCUGCCGGCGUCGAGGAGCCCCGAGGGCAGGGCCAGGAGCCAGGCGCAGGGUGUGGGCCUCGGAGGCAGCUGGGCGUGGGCCUGCUCUGAGCCUCCCCCAGCCCCGGCCAGGGGAGAAGGAGCCUCCCGAGUUUGCCCGUGUGCCCUCACGUGGGCUCCGCUUGGCUGGUAGCAGUGCGCCGCCGGCGGAGCCCUCGGCAGAUCCCGAGGGCCGAACCCUGGAUUCAGCUGUGUCCACGGCCACCCCCUCGACAGAACACGCACUGCCACGAUCCCGGGCCCACUUCGGCGCUUCCGAGGGUGGUCAUGGAAACUGCAGGAAGCCCAUGGGCAUUUUCAUUCCAGAUGGCCAGCUUGGCGCGGGCAGAGGAAGGGGCCGCAGGAAGGCGGAAAGGCCUGGGCCUUGGGGCACCGGCCCGAGGAAGCCAGGCGGGGGGCGGGGGGCUCCGGGUGGCGGCGGGCCCUCCUUCCGCCUGGGCCGGGGCUGCCGCCUGCCCCUGCGGGGGGACCAGCUGUCGGGGCUGGGGCGCAGGACCUACCCCCGGCCUCAUGAGUACCUGUCCCCAUCGGACCUGCCCAAGAGCUGGGACUGGCGCAACGUGAACGGGGUCAACUACGCCAGUGCCACCAGGAACCAGCACAUCCCCCAGUACUGUGGGUCCUGCUGGGCCCACGGCAGCACCAGUGCCAUGGCGGACAGGAUCAACAUCAAGAGGAAGGGGGCGUGGCCCUCCACCCUGCUGUCCGUGCAGCACGUCCUCGACUGCGCCAACGCCGGCUCCUGCGAGGGAGGCAACGACCUGCCGGUGUGGGGGUACGCCCACGAGCACGGUAUCCCCGACGAGACCUGCAACAACUACCAGGCUAAGGACCAGGAGUGCAACAAGUUCAACCAGUGCGGGACGUGCACGGAAUUCAAGGAGUGCCACGCCAUCCAGAACUACACCCUCUGGAAGGUUGGCGACUACGGCUCCCUCUCUGGCAGGGAGAAGAUGAUGGCAGAGAUCUACGCCAGCGGCCCCAUCAGCUGCGGUAUCAUGGCGACGGAGAAGAUGGUCAACUACACGGGAGGCAUCUACGCGGAGUACCAUGACCAGGCCUACAUAAACCACGUCAUUUCCGUGGUCGGCUGGGGUGUCAGCGACGGCACGGAGUACUGGAUUGUCCGCAAUUCGUGGGGGGAGCCGUGGGGUGAGCACGGCUGGAUGAGGAUAGUGACCAGCACCUAUAAAGAUGGGAAGGGUGCCAGUUACAACCUUGCUGUCGAAGAGUCCUGUACAUUUGGAGACCCCAUUGUUUAAGGCACAGGCCUCCAGAAAAGCGGUGUUUUAAGAAAUGGUAUCAUGAACCACAAUCAGAGGGGGGUCCUAUCGCUGUGGGCACUGGGUUGGUACCACCACGGUCUGAAGGGACGAGGGGCUGGCAUUCAAUGUAUCUGAUGGCUGGUCGCAGCACUGGGCGCCUAGAAGGGGCGCUGUCAACAUGCAGACUGCUGUGACACUGGCCGGAAGUGCACACUCCUGGGGGAAGAGUCUGAAGUGGGGUGGCUGAGACCCCUGUGCCGGCGGCUCCCCUGCCACCAUGACGGCAGCAGACGGUGUGCCUGGCCAAGGUGUGAUCCGCAGACCGUAAGGGACCUCCGGUCUCUUCAGUACAUGAUUUGAUGUUUUCUAUGUGGCAGCUGUGGUCUGUGAUGUGGUAAAAAAGGGCAGCGUUAUCACCAGUUCUUGUAUCACCUUGGAUCAGUGGUGGGGGUGGAGGGAGGCGAUGGCCAUGUGAGCUUGCCCAAGUGAUGAAUAAAACACGUGACUCCCCACAGG